UUAAUUUACAUAUAAAAAGAAGAAAAUGGGAAAACAUAGGCAAAGUCGACAAUCAAAUAAUGAUGGUGUAAAUAACUUCAAAUGGGGGCGUAUGUUCAAUGUCCUUGAUUAUCACCGUUGGCAUUAUGUCAAUAAAGUCAUACCACAUAAAAAACACCAUGCCCAUCAUCUUACAUUCUCUUCAGAUACAGAAGAUGACUCAAAUUUGCUUGUUUGCGAGAAGGACAAAUGCAUAAGAAAUGAAGUUAUGAAUUCCCAAUUAGAAGCAAAAAAAUUGGAAGAGAAUAAUGCAUCAAAUAAUUUAGGGCUAGCUUGGAGUCCAAAAUCGAAGGGAUUUUGGUCAGUGCCUAUAAGCCCAAAAAGCUCUCGAAUAGCAAGAAUAAAGAAAAGUAUUGUAAAAGGAGUUACAAAAAGAAAGGGUAGGCAUAGAAGAAGCUCUACAUGUCCAACUGAUUCAGUAUUAGAGAACAAUGAAAUUUCUGAGCAAGACAUAAAAAGUGCAACCUUAGAACAAUUUGAUGACACAAAACUAGUGCUUCAAGAUCAUGCAAAUUUAUCCAUCAAUCAUUAUUUAUAUAAUAAAUGUAGGAGAAGAAAGAGUUGGUCAUUUCAUCACUCUAAGGAGUUUAUGAAUGUUGUUAGUACAAGUUUAGAUGAUCCAUCACCUUGUUCAAGAGAUUCUUUGUUGACUAAACUUGCUACAAGUUGUUACAACACUAAAUCUUUAACAAAAUCUUCAUCAUUUCCCUCUCAAGAGCUUUUAAAUGCUAAUCAAUCUUCCUCGAUUAGUUUAUUUAAGCUGAUGAUACCUGAAGAAAGUAUUGAUUCUCGACGUACUAGUCAGUUUGUUGGUAGGAGAUUUAAAGAUUUAAGACAUAAGAUUAAAAAUUUGAUCAAGGAGAAUAAAAAGGAGAGACAGAGGAUUGCUAUGGAUGCAGUUCUUCAUAAAGUUCCUUAUGGAUGCAAAAUUAAAAUUUCGGAUGAUGGUGGUAAUAAAGAAAGUUUGUGUCUUGAUAUAAAUGAAACUGAUCCAUUGAUUUCUCAAAAGAAUAAAAAGAUUUUAAAAAGAAGAUCGACAUCUCUUGAUGGGUCUAUUGAAAAGUAUUGUCAGUUAUUUCAGACAGCUAGUUUGAGUAGAGAAGCUCAAAUAGAUACUUUUGAAAAAUCAAAUUCGAAAGUUAUGGAUGAUCCAAUGACUAACAAAAAGCGGUUUGAAAGAAUGUUUUCAUCUCCAGAUCUUCAAGUAUUUUUAAACCACCCACUCGAUGAUUACCAUGAUAAUGUUUUUUCGAGAACACCCAAUAGGAGGUUAUUAACAAGUUUGAGUAGUAAAAAAGUGGAAAAUGACGAGGAUAUCUUAGUCGAUACCACAAAAGAAUUUCAUACAACCCAAGAGUUUGAAUGUAUAAAUUUAGAAGAUUGUGAAAGCAACACUAGUGAAGAAACAUUAUCAUCCUCAUUAGACAAAGAUGAAGAAAAUAAGAUGUUACAACAAAAUGACAACAUGAUCGUCGACGUCGUGCAACCUAUUUUCACGAUCCUCGGUUCAUUUUCGGAAAAAAACUCCGAUGAAUUUAAAGGAUCAUCUUUAGAAGGUAACAUAUUAUCAGAUUAUGAAUCAACACAAUUACAAGAAUUAUCCACAGAUGGAGAAAAGAUCCCAACACAGCAUAAAUAUAUAUCAGUUGAUGACCAUAAAAGAGAAGAAUUUAAAUAUGUUGAAGACAUCCUAACUCAAUCAGGCUAUCUAGGAACCAAAGUUAUUGGAACGUGGUACUCCUUAGAACAACCAUUGGAUCCCUCCAUGUUUGUUCAGCUUGAGUCAGAAACUUCAUUUAAUAAUAAUAAUAAUAAUAAUAAUAAUAAUAAUAAUAAUAAUAAUAAUAAUAAUAAUAAUAAUCAUUUACUUUUAUUUGAUAUGAUAAAUGAGGCAUUAUUAUUAAUUUACGAAAGGUAUGUAUCAUACUGGUCUACACCCUUGUGCUCAUGCUCACGAAUACAAUUGAUGCCUAAAGGAUACCAUGUUCUUGAGGAGGUAUGGAAGUAUAUUUAUUGGUAUAUAUGUUGCUCUAUUCAUCCCCACCUUCAUUCUUCCUUGAAUUACAUUACAACUCCUGAUUUUGAUAAGGAUGAUGGAUGGAUGAAUCUUCAACUUGAUGCUGAAUGUGUUGGACUACAUCUUGCUGAUUUGAUUUUUGAUGAUCUUUUGAUUGAAUUUUCUUCAUAAUUAAACUUCCCUUUUCGAACUAUAUGUAUUCGUAUAUUAUUAAUUAGUACACUAGUAUAAAAAUUCGUGCAAUACACAAAAUUGUUAAUAUAUACUAAACAUAAAUUUACAUUUAAAU